GUUUUUCUUGUGUUCUUGUUGACGCCCACUGGCACGAGUACUUCAUCCUCGCGCUGCGCUCGGUCCUCCAGUUCGUUCCACUCUUUUCAAAUAUUCUAGAACAUAUUUUUUUUCGUUUGAUUUUCCGCGCAUUUCCGAGACAGCGUGUGACCCGGUGAGCCUCAAAGAUGCCUUUUCGCAGUUCCACAAGAGAGGUGUUCCGUCGACUGGCCAAAAUACCGGGACUCCACAUGAGAACGACGCAGCGACCGUGCCCAACUACGCGCCUUUUCUUUAACCGCGCCAACUCCUUCGCUCCCUUCAGACCACCCGUGCGACAAGUUGUGAACUACACUUCGCUACGGACCACGUCGCAUGCUAACAGAGUGUUCAUGCCGGCUGAAGAGUUUCAGCACGGCAAGGAGAAAGCUCUCGAGAUCAAGCAGGGAGAGACCAUUCCGGUGAAUGUGGACGAUCUGCUCUUUGACAUGUUCAAGGAUAGCGACGGAACCGUCUGCGUGGGAAAAUUUUUAAAUGCUCUCUUCACUACUGGCCUGUGGAAAAACGAUCCACGGCUCAAGGAGAUGAUGCAGAACUUACGAAAUGUUCACAAGGAGAAGUCCCCAGUUCGUUCGCUCGAGAACCUCUCUGUCACCAGGGAAACUUUCAGCCAGGUGAUUCGUGAAAAUAUUGUGCUGAUCACACGAGCCCUGCGUCAUCAGUUCGUGAUACCGGACUUUCAAGACUUUGUGCGCUAUGUCGAGGACUUCUACUGGAAAUGCAAGGUCAACACCGGUGGGAAGGUAGCUACAUACAUCCCUCAGUUGGCCAAGUACAACCCCGACUAUUGGGGAGUCAGCAUCUGUACAGUGGAUGGACAAAGGUUUUCGAUCGGGGACACGGAGAUUCCGUUCACGAUUCAGUCGUCUGGCAAGCCGAUCAACUAUGCCAUUGCGCUCACGGAGCUGGGUUCGGAUACAGUGCACCAGUACGUGGGGCAGGAACCCAGCGGGAGGAUGUUCAACGAACUGGUCUUGGACUACAACAAGAAGCCCCACAACCCCAUGGUGAAUGCUGGUGCUAUUGUGGUGGCCUCCCUUCUUCUCUACCUCAUUGAGCCAGAAAUGAGGACAUCCGAGAAGUUUGACUGGAUGCUGCAGUAUUACAGAGCAAUCUCGGGAGGAGAGUACCUGGGGUUUAACAAUGCCAUAUUCCUGUCUGAGAGGGAGGCGGCAGACCGCAACUAUGCCAUUGGCUUCUACAUGAAGGAGAACAAGUGCUUUCCGGAGAGGGUCAACCUCAAGGAGACCAUGGACUUUUACUUUCAGCUGUGCUCGCUGGAAGUGAACUGCCAGUCGGUGAGCGUGAUGGCAGCGACCCUGGCCAAUGGGGGCAUCUGUCCGGUCACGGGACACCAGGUGAUGAACGGCGUGUCCUGCAGGGAUGUCCUGUCCCUCAUGCACUCCUGCGGCAUGUAUGACUACUCGGGACAGUAUGCAUUCAAGGUCGGCCUUCCAGCCAAGUCCGGCGUCUCUGGCUGCACCAUGGUGGUGGUUCCCAAUGUGAUGGGCUUUUGCCUCUGGUCGCCCCCUCUCGACAUCUACGGGAACUCUGUCCGGGGCGUGCAGUUCUGCGAGGAGCUGACACGGGUGUUCAGCUUCCACCACUAUGACAACCUGCGUCACAUGACCCAGAAGAAGGACCCGCGGAGGCAGAAGUACGAGACCAAAGGGCAGAAGAUCGUCAACCUGCUGUUCAGCGCGGCCAGCGGUGACGUCACCGCCAUGCGCCGCCACUACCUGUCUGGCAUGGACAUGGGACUGAGCGACUACGACGGCCGCACCGCCCUCCAUUUGGCGGCGGCCGAGGGACACCUGGAGUGCGUGGAGUUUCUCCUCAAGAUGUGCGGAGUGGACGCCAACAUCAAGGACAGAUGGGGCCACACGCCUCACGACGACGCCCGCGUGUUUGGCCACACGGCGGUCGCCGACUACCUGGCCAAGUGGAAUUCGAGCUCGCCGGCACAGAAGCAAGAGGAGGUCAAGGAGACGCCGCAAGACAAGGAAGACCAGAAAGUGGCACCGCCCAAGCCCGCCGUGACCAAUGGCACAGCACGCCCCGAUCUCUCCAGUUUUAAGGGCAAAAGGUGAAUGGCACAACCGUCCGCAUCAGAACAAGUUUGUUACACUGUAGCUUACGUAAGUGUGGUGUUCCACUACUACCCCCACCGCCUUAACCGAUCGCUUGCCAGUCUGGAGACACCUGAUUGCAUGGAUGAACCUUGACUCCAGCUUCAGUCUGUCCCUGCAGGUUCUUUGCUCCCAGCUUCUUCUAACAUAUACCCUCAUCCCAAUGAAGUGCCACUCACCCCUUUGCUCUUAAAACGAGUUUACGCGCAAAGCAGCGUCGUGCUUGGUAUGUGGUGACCUGGUGUCAUUUUAUAGCUUACAGUACCUGUUUUUUUUUUUUGUAUUGCUAGUCCAAGAGUUGCUACGUUCAUUUGCUCUCUUUACGCUUUGACAUUGCUGAGAAGUCUACAAGCUUGGCCAAUCAGCUGCCAGCCUUGCGCUGUAGAAUCCCCUCUCUAUGCAAAUUAAUGCAUGUAGUAAAGGGGUCACAUGGCCCAAGGCCAACUUCCGAUUGGUCCAGCCAGUCUGUAGCCUCCUCUCUGCUGUCAUAUUAGGAAGGAAUGAAGUGUGCUGUUUAGUCUACAAUGCAGGGCAGUCGUUACAUGAACCAGUGCUAUUAGCUCUGAUGUGCUGAAACAUUUACUUCUCUUGCAGUGACUGCUUUCUGUUAAAUGGCUAUUAUUAUAGACUUUAAUAUGUAUGUACUGCCGUUUACUUUUGAUGUCAGUAGAAACAUCAGGUGUUGAACCCUAUUGUUCAAACUUCAAUCUAAAUCAGUCGUGUGGUGUUGUGUUCAUGCUUAAAGUCUUUCCUUGCACUGCUACAAAACAAACAAAACUGUACUUAAAUAUGCUGACUUCACCAGUUUGUAAUCUCUAUCCUGUCUAAAAUUGAAAGAUGUUACCUUUUUUGCCGACACUUGCUACAGUAUUGUCAACCUUACGACACAAAAACAGUUUUUGGUGAUUGUAUGUAAUGAAUUAAUUAGGCUUUAGAGUCCUGGACCAAUUUACCUAGUAGGACAAUCAUUAGUUUGAAUCAUACCAUAUAUCGAACUAGUCGUUUAAAUAUUAGAAGCACCUCUGCAUAGCACACUCAUUGUUAUAAUAAACAGAUGCAACAUGUUCAAUGUGAAACACCUGUCCACAUCAGACAAUUGGAGGUGUGCGAAUAUUACAUUUUUGACUGUGAAUCGAAUAUUAUUUAUUUUUAUUUUUUAAUUUGAAUAUUUGGCAUUUAAUGUGAAUUGAGAGUGGCUACUUUAACAAAUCACGGCUGGAAAUAUUUUCUAGAAAACAUACCUAUGAAAAGUAAUAACUUUAUUAUGUAAAGUUAUUAUUUCGCAUACUUGUAUUAAGAAAAACAAUUUAAUGUAAGAUGAUGGCAAACAAAGCAAUGACUACCUUUUUUAUUCGAAUAUCGCUUGAUAUCUUCUUUUCCAGCACUCCUUUACAGUCAAGGGGCAAACUAUAAUUAUAACCGAGGGCUGAUCUACAAUAGUGAGCAAAAUUUUAGAGACCAUCGACCAAGAUGCUUCGCCACGUCGGCCGUUUCUCCUAGCACGCCGGUGCAAAGCAGUGAAGCUUGAUGCGGCGUGCCGGCGCAAAGUAGUGAAGAUUGACACCAUAGUGGUAGUAAAAAGCAUAAAGCUUUUCUGAGAAUUCUGAAGAUAUUAUUUGCAAUUUUUUAAUAUUAGAAAAACCAGAAAACUUCGAACAGUAAAAGUGAGCUGCGAAUCGGACCGAAAAGCAGACAAUAUUUGCGAAUUAUUAAGUCUCAUAUAUUCGCAUGCCUCUACAGACAAUACAAUCUCCUAAUCAAUUUCUUCAAGGUGCCAUUUGUAUUUGAGUUCACACAUUUUUUGUGCACAAUUUAUCAUAACCAAUUCUUCUCCAUCCAUUCUGUGGCCAUUGUACACUUGCCAAAUCAAGCACUGCUUUACUGUAAAUGGUGCUGUUUUAGAUACCCUAGCUUCUCAGGAAUAUUACUGGUAAAGUAGCCAAAGCUGCACAUGUGUGCUGUAUUAUGCUGCAAAUUAAUUUUCAACCCAGUGCAUGAGUAAACAAUUGCAACCACUAUGUUGCUAUUAGCUUGUGAUCUGAUAAGUCUUUGGAAUUGUAUUUUUCUGGUUGGGACCUUUAACAGUCUUUCAGCGUGGUUCAGAAUGUGCCUAAAGUUGUUCAGGGUAUGAUGAUGUUAAGCUAUAGUCAGUUUAGCGCAGCUAUGUGCUGUUUAUUUAUAUGCUUCAGCUUCCCGAUCCAAGUAUAACACUAAAACAUUGAGCGAACUAGCGUAUAUUUU